UUUGUCUAUCAAUGAAGUAGUAAAAGGAGGGGACAUUUGUGGAGGAGGAGAAGGGAAAGGUUUUCAGUAGAAGCCUUUGAGAGACUGUUUGCUUUGGCUGGGUUCCCUGCUUUUAUUUACUGAAUUCCAGAGGUGACCAAUACAGAAAGAAAUAAGAAAAAAUGAAGUUCAUCAUUGGCAUAGGAGGAGUGACCAACGGUGGGAAGACCACUCUGACAAAUAGACUACUAAAGACAUUACCCAACUGUUGUGUGGUGCAUCAGGAUGACUUUUUCAAGAAACCCGAUCAAAUAGAAGUCGGGGAGGACGGCUUUAGACAGUGGGAUGGUAAGAAUGGAUUUCGCGUAGGAAAACCAUGCAUGAUCACCGCUCUGGACAUGGAGGCUAUGAUCAACACUGUCAAAGGCUGGCAGGAGAACCCCGUCAAGUUUGCCCGCUCACACGGCGUGAGCCUGUCACCUGAAGCCGAGGAAGCCGGCUCUGGGGAGAAGGGGAUCCACAUUCUCAUCGUGGAGGGGUUCCUCAUCUACAACUACAAGCCUCUUAUUGAUGUCUAUGACAAAUGUUUCUACAUUUCCAUUCCUUAUGAGGAGUGCAAACGGAGGAGAAGUACAAGGACAUACACCGUCCCUGACCCAGCCGGCCUGUUCGAUGGCCACGUCUGGCCCAUGUACUUGAAACACAGGAAAGAGAUGGCGGACAACUGCAACAGCAUAGAGUACCUUGAUGGGAUGACUUCAAAGGAAGAGAUUUACAACAAAGUGUAUGAAACCAUUAACAACUCCCUUCUAAACAGCUUAUAGCAGGACGGGUCUAACAGCAGACUUGUGUAUAAACUUGUAAAUAUAGAAAUCUGAGUAAAUGUAUGACAUCAGUUCUGUAGCUCUAAGCCUGAUUUGUAAAUAGAUAAUCAUGUAAGAUAUGAAGAACUAAUGGCAGAAGUGCUGCGUUUUGUAUAAUCCUCUGUAACUGUUGUUUUUCUAAAAAAGAUAAGCCACCUCUGGACCGCCCAGUGUUUAAACACCAGUAACUUUGGUCUUGCUGUAUUUAAAAAAAUAAAAACAAAGUCUCACUGUUUGGAAGGAUUUUUGUCUCCUGAUUUAAAACCCCACUGAAACCAC